UCCAUCGGCUUUCUGAAUUUGGAUUCUCGAAAGAUCAACGUACGCCAAAGGACCCUCAUUGAACCCGAUGGGAGUGGUCCCGCAGAGUUGUUAGUCGGGAUGCUAGUUGUAUGUGCACGCAUACCGAUGGAUCUAGAAUUCACCAUAAAUUUAGCGAACCACCUUGUAUGAGAAAUCCAGUAUAAAAGAAGUGUUAAUCCCUUGAGCACUAUCAGUUAGUGCGUACGCAUUCUUAAGCAUGAAGCUGCUGUUUUUAGUAUCGUUGAUCAUUUUGGUUUCGGGAGACGAGAGUCGUCGUCUCGUUGCCGAAAGAACAGCCGACGGCAAUGACGUAUCCUCGCCAGUGACUACUGUUCUUCAAGCUCAACCAAGCGUUCAGGAAGUCAUAGGAGAAAAAAAGCUAGGGAAGAGGAGCUACAGUUUGCUUUCCCAGGUGCCCUACGUACGCACCAACUACUCUCCCGUGUUGCCGUGGUAUCGAUUGAGAAGCGGAUUGAGCAGCUACGGCUACGGGUAUCCGAGCUGGCCGUUAUCGUACGGUGGUUGGCAGGGGGGUUGGUACAAGGGGUGGUAAAUUUCGAGAUUUAAGUAUAUAUGCGGCUGAAAAAGUACUCGCUAAAAUAAUAUCGCAUCUUGUUUUCUGAUUUUUGGCACCUUUUUCCAGCGUUUAGUAAUUUCCGAAUGUAACAUUUUUUGUUUUAUGACUAUUAUGAUAGUUCAUAAUGUUUGUUGAAUUAUAUUUAUAUGUGAAUAUAUUGGAGCAAGCAACGUGUACAAGAUAUAAAUAAGAU